GGUAGAUUAAACCUUAGCCGAAGCUGGGGUUUAGACCAGCUGAGGCUCUACUUAAAUACACAAUGAUAUGCCUAAAAAUAGUACUGUAAGAAUGCAUCUGUACUGAUUGCAAGAAAGAAGCAUAUGACGUGAAGAAAACAUGUAAGCAAAAGGAAAGAAAAUGAAUAACCGUAACAUGCCAGAAGAGGAUGGCUCGGUGACUGACAGCAGCAGUGACAAUGACAGGGAGGAUCAGCUGAAGGACGAUGAUGGAGAUGAUGACAAUAGCAAUACAUUGACUCAACGGCCCAGCAAAAAAGCGAGGACAGAGGAUGAGAACAUCCCAACAAUCACUGCAUACAUCGAGGUUGUUGCUCCAGGACGUACACUCAGAGCAAAGCCCACUGUUGAGCAUCAUGGCCCCUUCUUUUUCUCUCUUGGCGACUCACAAUCUACCUUCCUCAAUGCUCUUGCAUCUGCUGCUGUUCCUGAAGGCCAUUCCGCAUCUGCAUCCGCAAUAAAUCAGAAGAAGUUGACGUGGAAGCAGAAUACGCCCAAGAACGACUCAAAGAAACCUCUUUCAAGCCCAGAUGGAUACAAGGCCCUCAUCUCAGGACUCUCAAAGCUUUCAUCAAAAGGAAAGGAUAUGACAAUCACUGUUUUCCUUCCACCACUUUCAAAGGUGCAAAAACUUCCCUCUGCCAACAUGAAUCUGCAUAAGGACGACGCUGAGCUUGAAGAAUUUUCUCAAGGACCCAUCGGUUCAUCAAUUCACGAACAAAAGGAUCUACUCAAUCACCAAUACGCCAAUGAAAUCAGUGAGAUUUACAGCAUGUACCCCAUUGGGAAUGACCCAUGCUGGCUGCUCAAGCAUGUUUACUGUGAGCCCAGAACUCAGAAUUGCUGGGAGAUCAAUGGGGCGAAUGUUGUUGUCUGGGCAGUAGUGAUAGCUGAGAAACGUACGGACAAAGAUAAACCUCCUGUAAGUAUGCAUUUUGCCCAUGACAGGCGCCUCAAGGCCCCGGCAACUGGUACUCAAGUCUUGAACAAUAUUGAUUCCACCGCUCCCACUGCACCUGUCCUCCCGCCUCAUGCUCUGCCUGGUAUGCAACCGCACUAUCCAUAUGGAUUCCCCCCAUACUAUGGCUAUCCUCCUCCCAUGCUGUUUGCUCUGUAUCCUCACAUGGCACAUGGAGCACACCAUGUUGCACAGCCUUACGGAUACCCCAAUGAUAGGCCCCAUACUCUGUUACUCCAUGAUGUGACCAAUUCCACGCCCAACUCACCCAUGAAAAUGGCACUCCCACGUCCAGUUUCUCUCACAGAGUUUUGUGACCACUAUUUCAUCGAUGAUGAAGAUAAACAGCAUCUGACAAAGCUCAAGUUCCAGCCAGGAGACUGUUGUGUUGAGCAUCUAGGACGUGACGAUUGGCAGGGGUUUGCUGGAUUCUCCAAACUUCUUUGGGACAAUUUUUUAUCGAAGCAUAAGCACUUUAUCCAGGAUGUCAAGAAUGGAUUUUGGGACGUAUAG